AUGGGCUCUGAAACUCCCUUCGACUAUGCCUUGAGCUCCAACGCCGCAUGGGCAGGCUACAAAAGCCAUCAAAACCCCAAGUUCUUCCCUACCAUGGCCCAAGGUCAAAGUCCUAGUAUCCUCUGGCUCGGCUGCUCCGAUUCCCGUGUCCCCGAAACUACCGUUCUAGGUCUCCAACCUGGCGAUGUCUUCGUGCACCGCAACAUCGCCAAUAUCGUCUCGCCGACCGAUAUCAAUUCCUCCGCCGUCAUCGAAUACGCCGUUGCGCACUUGAAAGUAGCGCAUAUUGUUUUAUGCGGUCAUACUUGCUGCGGUGGUGCCGCUGCUGCUUUGGGAGGCUCAAGGGUUGGUGGAGUUUUGGAUACUUGGCUUGCACCCAUCAAGGCAUUGAGUAAAAUCCACGAGAAAGAAUUAAAAGCCAUCAAAGAAGAUUCCGCACGAGCGGUUCGUCUAGCGGAGUUGAAUGUUGCGAAAGGAGUAGAGAUACUGAUGGGAAAUGUGGUUGUGGAAGAGGCGAUUCGGGAUAGAGGAUUAAAGAUUCAUGGUGUAGUGUAUGAUAUCGCAUGUGGCAAGAUCCGGGAUUUGGGAGUGGGAAAUUGUAAUGAGGAGGAAGAGGAAGAGGAAGAGGAGGAAGUUGCAGGUACAGAUGGAGUUUCGGAGUCCAAGGGAGCAAAGGAGUUGGUGAAGGGUGCGCAUGGAAUGUUAGUUUUUGGAAAGGAGGGCGCGAAACUUAGUACUGCGUAA